AUGGUUCACUUUGCUAAUUACUCAGUUUACUUCUUCUGGAGCUAUCAUUCGGCUUCAAAGGAUACCUUUGAUUUUGAAUCGGGCGCUCAUGAUAUCCAGCGUGUAUUCGACUAUGCUAAGGAGGCCGGUCUAUACAUCAUUACCCGCCCAGGUCCCUAUAUCAACGCCGAAACCUCUGCUGGGGGUUUUGCCCUGUGGGCAUCUAACGGUCAAAUGGGGAGUGUGCGUACAAGCGCCACCGCCUAUUAUGAUUGUUGGUAUCCGUGGAUCGAAAAGGUUGGCAGCAUCAUUGCAAAAAAUCAGAUUACGAAUGGUGGACCCGUGAUUUUGAAUCAACAUGAGAAUGAACUCCAGGAAACCACUCACUCUGCCACCAAUACUCUCGUCUUGUAUAUGGAGCAAAUCGCCGCAGCCUUUGAUGAUGCUGGCAUUAUUGUUCCCAGCACCCACAAUGAGAAGGGCAUGCGUGAUCAGAGCUGGUCGACGGACUAUGAAGAUGUUGGUGGCGCUGUGAAUGUGUACGGAUUGGAUUCCUACCCCGGUGGGCUUUCCUGUACCAAUCCGAACUCGGGCUUUAGUCUCGUCCGCACUUAUUAUCAGUGGUUCCAGAACUACUCAUUUACUCAACCUGAGUACCUUGCCGAAUUCGAGGGUGGAUACUUCCAACCCUGGGGUGGGUACUUCUAUGACCAAUGCAGUGAGGAACAGUCUCCCGAGUUUGUGGAUGUCUACUACAAGAACAACAUUGGUUCGAGAGUCACUCUUCAAAGUCUGUAUAUGGUCUUUGGUGGUACCAACUGGGGUCACAGUGCUGCACCGGUUGUGUAUACUUCUUAUGACUAUUCGGCGCCUCUGCGAGAGACUCGGGAGCUCCGUGACAAGAUCAAGCAGACCAAGUUGUUGGGAUUGUUUACCCGUGUUUCAUCUGGUUUGUUGAAGACCGAUAUGGAAGGGAAUGGCACGGGAUACACGAGUGAUGAUAGUAUUUACACUUGGGCCUUGCGCAACCCGGAUACCCAGGCGGGAUUCUACGUCGUUGCACACGAUACCAGUUCAUCUCGAGAUGUGACUACCUUUUCGUUGAGUGUCAACACUUCAGCUGGUGCGAUCUCUAUCCCGGAUAUUGAGCUUGCGGGUCGACAAAGUAAAAUCAUUGUCACAGAUUAUGAAGUUGGUAAAGCUUCGAGUCUGCUCUUCUCAUCGGCGGAGGUUCUCACUUACGCAACUCUGGAAGAUGAUGUGAUUGUGUUCUACUUGACAUCUGGUCAAACAGGAGUAUUCGCCUUCCUGGAUCCACCAGCGAAACUGACGUUCAAAACCUAUGGCGAGUCAAAUGUGACCUCUGCGACGGUAGAUGAUCGAACCCAGUACACAUAUACCCAGGCGGAUGGCUCAACGGUUUUGCAAUUCUCUAAUGGUGUCCUGAUCUAUCUCCUGGAGAAAGAAACAGCAUGGAAUUUCUUUGCAGUUCCAACCACGACAAACCCCAAUGUGUCCCCGAGUGAGCAUAUCUUUGCUCUAGGUCCCUACCUGGUUCGUGAGGCAACUAUUUCCGGGAAAACCGUCAGUCUAGUCGGCGACAACGCAAAUACCACUUCUAUCGAAGUAUAUACUGGUGACUCGAAAGUCACCCAAGUCAAGUGGAACGGAAAAUCAAUUACGACAAAGAAGACCGCAUAUGGAAGUCUCAUAGGCUCCGUGCCUGGAGUUGAAUCGAAAAUAUCACUGCCGACCCUCAAGUCUUGGAAAUCGCAAGAUACAAUUCCAGAAAUCCAGGCCGAUUAUGACGACUCACGCUGGGUGAUUUGCAACAAAACCACGACCGUCAAUGCGGUCGCCCCGCUGACACUCCCCGUGCUAUACUCUGGCGACUAUGGAUACCAUGCUGGAACGAAGGUCUAUCGUGGUCGAUUCGACGGCCUUAAUGCGACUAGUGCCAAUAUAACCGUACAAAAUGGGGCCGGGUCUGGCUGGGCCGCCUGGAUGAACGGGGCCUACGUUGGUGGGGCUCUGGGCGAUCCGGACCUGGCCUCGACCUCCGCGGUUCUGACUUUCAAUCAGUCUCUUCUGCGCGACACCGAUAAUGUCCUGACAGUUGUGAUGGAUUAUACCGGUCAUGACGAGGCAAGUGUCAAGCCAGAUGGACCACAGAACCCCCGUGGUAUCCUUGGGGCCACUCUCGCGGGCGCCAAUUUCACGUCCUGGCGUAUCCAAGGCAACGCCGGCGGUGAAGCCAAUAUUGACCCAGUUCGCGGUCCCAUGAACGAAGGUGGACUGUAUGGAGAGCGUCUGGGCUGGCAUCUCCCCGGUUACACACCGCCCAAAUCUGCAGGCACCCAGAGCCCCCUGGAUGGGGUUUCGGGUGCUGAAGGUCGUUGGUAUACUACCACUUUUGAUCUUGAUCUCGAUUCAGACUUAGACGUGCCGAUUGGUCUGCAGCUUGACGCGCCCGACAAUACCACUGCCGUAGUCCAGAUCUUCAUGAACGGGUACCAGUUUGGCCAUUACCUGCCUUAUCUUGGCCCACAGACCCUCUUCCCGUUCCCACCUGGCAUCAUCAAUAAUCGCGGAGAAAAUCACUUGGCAAUUAGUUUGUGGGCUUUGACUGAGGAUGGCGCCCAACUGAGUCAGGUGGAAUUGAGUGCAUAUGGAGCAUACCGAACCGGGUUUGACUUUAACCAAGAUUGGUCAUAUUUGCAACCUAAGUGGAAGGAUAGAAGUCAAUAUGCUUGA